AUGUCACUUCCCGAGUACCUUCGGGAGAGUGUUCACCGUGCCUUCUCCGCAAAGUAUCUCCUGGAUCUCGUCAACACGAUGCGCAGCGCUUCUCUGGACUCCCAGAAGAGGACGGUCACUGCCUGCACGGAUCUGCUUCUGAAUCUGGGCGCGCCCUUUCCUCCCAAGCCGUACAACCCUUAUCUGCAGCGACUUCUAAUGUCUGAAUCGCUCGCGCGAGGUCUGGGAAAUGCUGUCGCCUCCGCCAUGCUCAGUGAUAUCGGGAUGGACGAUAUACAAGCUGCAUCUUCCCUGCUGUAUGUCAUCGUGAUUCUCGGCGACAAAACUUGGGGGGACGACGGGCGGGCGGGCGUGGACCGCGUCCUACGCUCAGGUCUACGGAGCAAGCUCGAGCCGUUUACACACCCAACGAAUCAAACGACGAUUCCGCUGGGAAAGGACGAGACAUAG